UGAUACUUUUUUCUCUUUCAUCUUUUGCCACCCAACUUCUUCUUCUCAAUCAAACGCAUUCUUUUCUUCCUUCUUAUCCCACUUUUCCCACCACCGCCUCUUCUACCCAAUCAGAUGUUGCACCGCCAUGGACAUCAUUUAUUAUCUCUCCUGUGAUUAGAUCUAUUCUCAUUCUGAGGCUCCCUUUCUUGGAUAUCAGUCGAUAACCCUGCUCUCCUUUCUUCUUCGCUCUGCUGCUUCAUCUCGGCUUAGACCAACGCUAGAUAACCUCCUUCUUUAUGCCAAUAUCUAUUGCUCAUAUAUUUUUCCCUAAAUUGAACAUUAUCUCAGUUGAACCACCGAUCAACCUUAUUAAUCGGCUAUGGUCUCUCGAAUUAGGGCUUAUGAAAUCCAAGUACACACUUGAAAUCGGCGUCCUGUCUUCGGCUCAGAUAUAUCCCCAAAAUCGUCCGGAAUCGAUUGUUCCCUCGCUGCCACCGCUUUACCAGACCCGCACCUCGCGACAGACGAUGAUCGGCACUCAGAUUGUUUGCCUUAAUUGCGCCAUUUAUGAGAUGAUAAAAUUUUGUGUUUCUUUAGAAGCAAGUGGAGUUGAUGGUAAGGAUUGUGAAGAAUCAUCGUCACGAAGAAGAAGAGGAUGACAAAUAUUUCAUUUGAAGAACAUCUGAUGGCUCCUUACAGAAAAAUGGAAGAAGGAACGAUCAGAAGGCGAGCUCUCAAAAGUUCAAUUUCUCAUAAACCCCAUUGCUUCUUGUCGGUGUACCAGAUUUUGGAACACAACCACUAAUUCUCACCUUAUCCAGCCUCCAGCCUUGGGCUCUUUCAUGAAAGGAUUUACCAUUUGUAUUUCAUCAACACCUCAUCGGGUUGAAUUUACCAACUACUCGACAUAUUGUUCCAAAGACAGGCACAAAGAGAUCCAGAGAGUGAUCUUACUCACGAGAAUUAUGAAUUUGGUUAUGAUACAUCGAGCCCUUCCGAGGGUAGUUUUGGAAAGUCCAAUGGAAGAGCAUGUGAAGAAGGACUUGAAAAGACAUGAUAUGGAUAUGAGAUCAAUACUACAGAUGCAAUAUCCAAGCUUGAAAAAGGAAGCGGUGAAUUCAAAGACAGAUCCUAGAUUGUAUUUCGACUCUGAAAGACCGAACAGCGGAUACCUUCUGCUUCAUUAA